GUCCUUAAGAGUGACAUCCCUUAGUGUGGGAGCUCAGGUGGAAAUACACGGGUAGCUCUGUCCCUCUUUUGUUUUCUUUUUUAUUUUGUUAACUAUGUGGGUGUUUGGGUAUGGAUCUCUUAUCUGGAAAGUGGAUUUUCCGUACGAAAGGAAGCUUGUCGGGUAUGUCAAAGGAUAUUGUAGAAGGUUUUGGCAAGGGAGCGAAGAUCAUCGCGGAGUACCGGGAAAGCCAGGAAGAGUUGUAACCCUUAUUCCAACAGAAAAUCCAGAGGAAUGUGUGUGGGGAGUGGCAUACAAGAUCUCAGAUGAACAUGUGGAAAGGGUGCGCUCACAUCUUGAUCACCGUGAAAAGGGCGGCUAUGAAGUUCAUGAGGUGAAAUUUGUACCCGAUCCCCCUUCUACUGAGGGACCCAUCCUCCUGAAUGUCUAUGUUGGCACCAAGAACAAUCCAUUCUUCCUUGGUCGCCCACUUACAGACAUCGCUCAUCAGAUCUUUCAUUCAGUUGGGCCUAGUGGAAAGAACAUAGAUUAUCUGAUGAAUCUUGCGCAGGCAUUGCGAUCUUUAUCACCACAUGCAUAUGAUCAGCACUUAUUUUCACUGGAGGAGGAAGUGAAAGUCAUUGCAGCAAAACACACACAGAAUGAUGAACAUGAUCGUUGAAAAUGUGAAGAAAAAAAACUAAAUAACUUAAUUUUAUGGGCAUAUCCGCUACUAUCUGUGAUAAAAGUGUUCGUUGUGUUAGGUCUGGAACCAAACGAAAUAAGUGGUGUAGGUGGCUUAACUCUCUGUAUGUAUGUUGUGCACAGUGAAUCACACCUGAUGAGAAAACACUUGGUAUGUGCUUCACAGCUUCUGAAUUUUUUAAAUGGUGUCAGAAAAUAGGGUUAUAGAAAAAUCUGUUACAGGUGUAUUUUGGUUCAGUUAUUCAAAUGUCUUUUUACAACUUAGGUUAAUUAUAAACAUAACAAGAACUAUAUAAAAUAUAAUAUGACUAAAAAUUUCAUAAUUGAAAAUCCUUUCUUUCUUCCACAGGUAGUUUUGCUUUUUUUAAUUUACAAACUGUCAUACGUGAAUCCAUUCCUAUAUUUAAGGACCUUCUUCUACUUCUUGUACUACUAUAGAUAUUAAAUUUAUAGCAGCAAUUAACAUCUGUUGUAUAUGUGUGUAUGCAUCUGUGCAUCACUACUUAUUUGUUACAUUCCUGGCUAGAAGGCUGCUUUCAAACAAAUCUUCCAAACUACUCUUCUUCUCUUUACCUUAUUUCUAUUGCAGAGUGCAAUCAGAGUGUGUUGAAUUUCUAAAGGACAAUUAAAGAUGUAUUUCAGUAACCAAGGUUUGUACACUUUAUCCUUUUCUCCUCUGUGUACUUAAUGUAUGAAACAAUAUUGAAAUAAAUUUUAUUACAAAG